AUGUCCUCGAAUUCGGGCACCAGCACCAGUGCAGCUCUGCGUCGCCAGCGGAUAGAGUGGGUAGUUCCCAAGGACAAAAACUCCCGAUUGAAUCCUGAUUGGGUUGCCGUGGACGACGAAGUCGAGAUCGUGUAUCGAGAAUGUCACCCGGACGAACGCGAACCCAAGCCCCUCGUGUAUGCGGUGGGGGUUAACAAGAUCAGCCAAAAGUGGAAGUCUGAGUGGCUCGCGACGCCAUCCGAUGCGGCAGUGAAAACGGACCCGUGGAUCGCGAUGAAGACAACGCCCACCAAGUCAGUUGCCUUUGAGCGCCUGCUACCCCUUAACCAAGUGGCGACGUACUGCCGGUACGCCGAGACCCGGUACGCCUUCAUUCUUACGCAACGAGAGCUGGUGGCUCUACGCAUCAGGCGCAUCCCCGGACGUCUUGGUGGGCGUAUCAACAAACACCACGCGGCAGUCGAGUACGCCCCGGUGUCGUUGACGGCUAGCACGGGUCUUACCGCAAACUUGGCGAUUUGGGCCCUGGCAUGCUUGGGGAUGAAUGAUGAGCACCGCGCCAUGGAAAAGUCUGGGAACAUGCCGCCGGAUUCCAUGGCGCGGGUCACCUGGUGGAAGUUCAGUGACGAACACGAGGUGUACGAGAAUGUCGUUUCCAAACGACGGAUUCCCCAGUCAGAGUGGAAGUCAGAAUACGGCCAGUUCGUGCACCUGACUGAGAAAGAAGGCAGAAGCUUUACCGAGGCCUUUCUAUCUGGCCCCCAACCAUUACCGAGAAUCAACACGGCGACGCAGCCGAUGAAGGUUCUGACUCUCCAACCGCCUCCACCCACGACGGAAGCCGCCACGAUGGAAGCCGCCACGACGGGAGGCGCCACGACGGGAGGCACCACGCGGGGAGGCACCGGGCCCUCCACCGCGGAGCCGCGCACAAAGCAGGUUUAUAUCAACAAAAAGCCCGGGCCCUGCACCGCCACCUAUCACAAGGCCACUGGAAAGUGGGUUGUCACUCACCAAGGUCAGACGUUCCCCAUCGUGCGAGACGGACGGAAAAGUGUCAUCAAUAUGCACAAUGGCACUGGGGUUGAGGUGGAGGAUGCUACCUAG